CAGCUCCUGCCCAGGAACCAGCACGUUAAGGGAACUGCGGCGACUCCAGCCAUGGUCCCCAGGCGCCCUGCCAGCCUAGAGGUCACUGUAGCCUGCGGCUGGCUCCUCACUGUUAUUCUAGGCUUCUGCACUUCCUUCAACGUUGAUGUGAAAAAUUCAAUGAGUUUCAGUGGCCCAGUGGAGGACAUGUUUGGAUACACCGUUCAACAAUACGAAAAUGAAGAAGGAAAAUGGGUUCUUAUUGGUUCUCCUUUAGUUGGUCAACCCAAAGCAAGAACCGGAGAUGUCUAUAAGUGCCCAGUUGGGAGAGAAAGAUCAAUGCCUUGCGUGAAGUUGGAUUUACCAGUGAACACAUCAAUUCCCAAUGUCACCGAAAUAAAAGAAAAUAUGACAUUCGGAUCAACUUUAGUCACCAACCCAAACGGAGGAUUUCUGGCAUGUGGGCCUUUGUACGCCUACAGAUGUGGACAUCUGCAUUAUACAACUGGAAUCUGUUCUGAUGUCAGCCCUACAUUUCAAGUUGUGAACUCCUUUGCCCCCGUGCAAGAAUGCAGCACUCAGCUGGACAUAGUCAUUGUCCUAGAUGGCUCCAACAGCAUCUACCCCUGGGAGAGUGUGACCGCUUUCUUAAAUGACCUUCUUAAGAGGAUGGAUAUUGGCCCUAAACAGACACAGGUUGGAAUUGUGCAGUAUGGAGAAAACGUAACCCAUGAGUUCAACCUCAAUAAGUAUUCAUCGACAGAAGAGGUACUUGUUGCAGCAAACAAAAUAGGCCGGAGAGGUGGUCUCCAAACCAUGACAGCCCUUGGAAUUGACACAGCCAGGAAAGAGGCAUUCACUGAAGCUCGCGGUGCCAGGAGGGGCGUUAAAAAGGUCAUGGUCAUUGUGACUGAUGGAGAAUCACAUGACAACUACCGACUGAAGCAGGUCAUCCAGGACUGCGAGGAUGAGAACAUUCAGCGAUUUUCCAUAGCUAUCCUUGGCCACUAUAACCGAGGGAACUUAAGCACUGAGAAAUUUGUAGAGGAAAUAAAAUCUAUCGCAAGCGAGCCCACUGAAAAGCACUUCUUCAAUGUCUCAGAUGAGUUGGCCCUGGUCACCAUUGUCAAAGCUCUGGGAGAAAGGAUAUUUGCCUUGGAAGCUACUGCUGACCAGUCAGCAGCUUCAUUUGAGAUGGAAAUGUCUCAGACUGGAUUCAGCGCUCAUUAUUCACAGGACUGGGUCAUGCUUGGAGCAGUGGGAGCCUAUGACUGGAACGGAACGAUAGUCAUGCAGAAGGCUAACCAGAUUGUCAUCCCUCAGAACACCACCUUUCAAACUGAGCCCACCAAAAUGAACGAACCUCUUGCGUCUUAUUUAGGUUACACAGUGAACUCUGCCACGCUCCCUGGAGACGUGCUCUACAUCGCUGGACAGCCUCGGUACAAUCACACGGGCCAGGUCGUCAUCUACAAGAUGGAAGAUGGGAACAUCAAAAUUCUCCAGACACUCCGUGGAGAGCAGAUCGGCUCCUACUUUGGUAGCGUCUUGACAACAAUUGACGUUGACAAAGAUUCUUACACUGACCUGCUUCUCGUCGGGGCUCCCAUGUACAUGGGGACAGAGAAAGAGGAACAGGGCAAAGUAUAUGUCUACGCUGUGAACCAGACAAGGUUUGAAUAUCAAAUGAGCCUGGAACCAAUUAAGCAGACGUGCUGUUCAUCUCUGAAGGAUAAUUCAUGCACAAAAGAAAACAAGAACGAGCCCUGCGGGGCCCGGUUUGGAACAGCAAUUGCUGCUGUAAAAGACCUCAACGUGGAUGGGUUUAAUGACGUGGUGAUCGGAGCUCCUCUGGAGGACGACCACGCAGGCGCUGUGUACAUUUAUCAUGGCAGUGACAAGACUAUAAGGAAGGACUAUGCACAACGUAUUCCAUCGGGUGGGGAUGGCAAGACACUGAAAUUUUUUGGCCAGUCUAUUCAUGGAGAGAUGGAUUUAAAUGGUGAUGGUCUGACUGAUGUGACCAUUGGAGGCCUUGGCGGAGCUGCCCUCUUCUGGGCCAGGGAUGUGGCUGUAGUUAAAGUGACCAUGAGUUUUGAACCCAACAAAGUGAAUAUUCAAAAGAAAAACUGCCGCGUGGAGGGAAAAGAAACAGUAUGCAUAAACGCUACAAUAUGUUUUUAUGCGAAAUUAAAGUCUAAAGAAGACUCAGAUUACGAAGCUGAUUUGCAGUACCGCGUCACCCUCGACUCACUGAGACAGAUAUCGCGGAGUUUUUUCUCUGGAACUCAGGAAAGAAAGAUUCAAAGAAACAUCACGGUUCGGGAAUCAGAAUGCACUAGGCACUCCUUCUACAUGUUGGAUAAGCAUGACUUCCAGGACUCCGUGAGAGUGACUUUGGAUUUUAAUCUUACCGAUCCAGAAAACGGACCCGUGCUGGAUGAUGCUCUGCCAAACUCAGUCCACGAACACAUUCCCUUUGCCAAAGACUGUGGAAACAAGGAAAAAUGCAUCUCAGACCUCAGCCUGGACGUGUCUACCACAGAAGCCAACCUGCUGAUUGUCAGGUCCCAGAACGACAAGUUCAAUCUCAGUCUCACAGUGAGGAACAAAAGAGACAGCGCCUACAACACCAGGACAAUAGUGCAGCAUUCCCCGAAUUUGAUUUUUUCAGGAAUUGAGGGGAUCCAAAAGGAUAGUUGUGAGUCCCAUCGAAAUAUCACAUGCAGAGUGGGCUAUCCUUUCCUGAGGACAGGCGAAACGGUAACCUUCAAAAUAAUAUUCCAGUUUAAUACGUCAUAUCUCGCAGAAAAUGCAGUCAUUCAUUUAAGUGCAACAAGCGACAGCGAAGAACCACCCGAAUCCCUUUAUGAUAAUGAAGUAAAUAUAUCCAUCCCAGUAAAAUAUGAAGUCGGACUACAGUUUCACAGUUCUGCGAGUGAACACCACAUCUCGAUUGCAGCCAAUGAGACUCUCCCUGAACUUAUUAAUUCCACUGGUGACAUUGGAAAUGAAAUUAAUGUCUUCUACAUGAUCAGAAAAAGGGGCCAUUUCCCAAUGCCGGAACUUCAGCUAUCAAUCUCAUUCCCCAACUUGACAUCAGAUGGUUAUCCUGUACUAUACCCAACUGGAUGGUCGUCUUCGGAUAAUGUGAACUGCAAACCCCGGAGCCUUGAGGAUCCUUUUGGUAUCAACUCUGGGAAGAAAAUGGCAAUAUCAAAGUCCGAAGAUCUCAAAAGAGGCACAAUCCAGGAUUGCAGCACCUGUAAGCUUGCCACCAUCACGUGCCAUCUCAUCCCUUCUGACGUGAGUCAAGUGAACGUAUCGCUCAUCCUGUGGAAACCAACGUUCAUAAAAACACAUUUUUCCAGCUUAAAUCUCACUGUAAAGGGAGAACUUCAGAGUCAAAACACAUCGCUGAUUUUAAGCAGCAGCAACCAGAAGCGAGAGCUGGCUAUUCAAAUAUCCAAAGAUGGGCUCCCGGGCCAAGUGCCACUGUGGGUCAUCCUGCUGAGUGCCUUCGCUGGACUACUGCUCUUGAUGCUGCUCAUACUAGCGCUGUGGAAGAUUGGAUUCUUCAAAAGGCCGCUAAAGAAGAAAAUGGAGAAAUGAAAUAUUUUACAGGAGAAAAAGAGGACAAUAAUGAUUAUUCAAUGAUCUAUUCUCAGGUUUGCCUCAAUCAUGUGAGAAGAAAUUCAGAAAUAUAACCAAAGACAUGGUCA